GCCUUCGUUUCCCCAUUUUCUUCUCUCAUAAUAGAUCACAUCACCACAAGCUGCUUCCUUCCUUCUACUUCCACUUCCGAACCUUUUCAAUUCACGCUGCUUACUUUGGCUGCUGCACCAGCUUCAAAAUUCCCUAUUCCUUAUCGCAUAAACCCCUUACUCGGUUCUGGAAAAAUAUCCGUACUAUCGAAGAAAGUGAGCUUGGACGACCAUACAUACAUGGGGUCCAGCAAUGACCCGACCCAAGACGGAUUGGACGAGCAGCAGAAGCGGUCGGAGAUCUACACCUACGAAGCACCAUGGCACAUCUACGCCAUGAACUGGAGUGUCCGUCGCGAUAAGAAGUACCGCUUGGCCAUAGCCAGCUUGUUGGAGCAGUACCCCAACAGGGUCGAAAUUGUUCAGCUUGACGACACUAACGGGGAGAUUCGAUCCGACCCUAACCUCUCCUUCGAGCACCCUUACCCUCCCACCAAAGCCAUAUUCAUUCCUGAUAAGGAGUGCCAGAGGCCGGACCUCCUCGCCACCUCUAGCGACUUUCUCCGAAUCUGGCGCCUGUCCGACCCGGAAGAAAACCCGACGCCGCGGGUGGAGCUCAAGAGCUUCCUUAAUGGGAACAAGAACAGCGAUUACUGUGAACCUCUCACCUCUUUCGAUUGGAACGAGGUGGAGCCUAAGCGAAUCGGCACUUCUAGCAUUGACACCACCUGUACCAUCUGGGAUAUUGAGAAGGAGACGGUGGACACGCAGCUUAUCGCUCACGACAAGGAGGUUUACGACAUCGCUUGGGGUGGUGUGGGUGUCUUCGCCUCCGUCUCUGCCGACGGCUCCGUUAGGGUUUUCGACUUGCGGGACAAAGAACAUUCGACUAUCAUCUAUGAGAGCUCGGAGCCGGAUACCCCCUUGGUUCGACUCGGCUGGAACAAGCAGGACCCAAGGUACAUGGCCACCAUCAUCAUGGACAGUGCCAAGGUUGUCGUCCUCGACAUUCGUUUCCCGACGCUUCCUGUGGUUGAGUUGCAGAGGCAUCAAGCCAGCGUGAAUGCCAUUGCUUGGGCUCCUCACAGUUCUUGCCAUAUCUGCACUGCAGGGGAUGACUCUCAGGCUCUGAUAUGGGAUCUUUCCUCAAUGGGCCAGCCAAUGGAAGGCGGGUUGGAUCCUAUUCUUGCAUACACCGCUGGGGCGGAGAUUGAGCAGCUUCAAUGGUCUUCAUCUCAGCCUGACUGGGUUGCGAUUGCUUUUUCCACCAAGCUUCAGAUUCUUAGGGUAUAAAGGAUUGGUAUUUUCGUUCACCUAAUUGUUACACAAAGUAAAAGUGCUGGACAUGGUAUCUGGCUUCUGCCACUGAACAUGCAUGGUGGAUUUCAGGUUUAUAGUUUUACUUCCUCUUGUAAACAUGCUCCUGCCCUAUUUGGAUGAUACUGAUGACGUUUUGUCUCCGCUGUUCUGGCAAUUGCAUGGAGUGUGAAUCAUCAUGUCCGUUAUCAUUUAGGUCCCCCAACUCUCUUGUUCGAAAUUUUGAUCAUUUUUUCUUCAGGUCAGUGACUUUUAUGCUAGUGCCUUCAGGCUACUGGCCUUCCCUUGUUUGUUUUGCCCAUUAAACCUGCUAACUCGAAAGAAUUAGUGCAAUGCAAAUGAUGGUUUUAGAAAUGAAAUGAUUCAUGCACAAUCACAUACAUGGAUGUACCCGGGUUCAAUUUUUGAGGGAAAGACCAUUUGAUACUACUGACAGGGAAAUCACUGAGGAUUGUUUACUGUGAAGGUACGAUUUGGAAUUUAAACGAAGAGCAAAGUAGGCUUCGCGGUGUAUUGAUAGUAAAAGAUCCAUGUUUUCCCUUUUGAUCUACGUAUGAUUUCCGCUAUGAUAUUUACGUUAUCAAACGUUGCUUUUAAAAUGUGCAAGGUUCUUUCACUAGGUAUGUGGUUGUCCUAUACGACGGUCUUCACCUUUUUGGCAUCAGUAAAUUAAAUUUGGUCAUUGGAAACCACUCCAAUUUUUUUCCCUCUCUUGGACAUUUUGUUUGGUGCCAGUUGUAUAACUUUUUUUUUUCUAGCUUCAAUGAGAAUGAAUAUGGUGGAAAGUAUUACUAUUCAGUGAGAUAAUCAUGAGUUUGGCUAACCUCACCUACUUGUAGAAAGUCUCUUUUCUCUUAAAUCAUGCUCUUCGUCGUGGGGAGCCUUGUCUUGCGAUCUAUCUAGGCGCACCGUGAUAAACGAAACUUGCAAUAGACCGAGUAUGAGACAGAAUGGUCUGUUAUACUAUUUAUCUUCAAAAGUAGAGAGAAAAAGCAUUAGAAGAUGGGCAGCGGUCGUGAAUUUUCAACCUGAGAUCUGAUAAAAAUCUGUUUGUUUCCUGGUUCCAUGUGUCUCUAUUUCCAUUUCACUCAGAGAUUGAGACGAAUAAUAAAUGAAGAAGUAACAAUAUAAUUGGUAAAUUAAGCAUCAAAUCCAAAGCAUAUUACGUUGGCAAUGAUUGUUCAAUUAUUACUGAUUAAAAGGUGCGUCCAGCCUUUAAGCCAGCAACGUAGCAUUCCAUAGUAAAAAAGGGUGAGUAUGAAGCGUAUAAAUAUGGUCUUGUAUAAAUAAUUAGAUGUUGAUGAUUUUGUUAUUUUGCCCAGUCUAGUACUUACAAGGAACCUACAUCCAGAGUGUACUUCUCCGGAUUUUAUGGAGGCAGUCUAGUCAUGUUGGCAAAUGACGUCCUUGAUUGGGAUGCUUGGCUAGACGUGUGUCUGAAUCAGGACCUGGGAGUCAGAACAAGAACGCAAGCUUGUUACAUGGGUCGUGAGUGGGAACUAAGUUAGCAGUAAAGGGGAUCCACUUAUGUCGGUGAAUCAAUUCUGAUGAAUGAACUGUCAUUUAUCAAAGAUCAAAUUUGUGGUGAACAAAUGGAAGAAGAAGAUCUCAUUGGCGGCUGCUUGCCCUUCUAGAUGGGGAGGGCCAAAAUUUAUCGCAUGCACUACAAAAAUGAUCAAACAAAUCUCCUGAAAGAAGAAUCAUCGGAUCUCACUUCUAUUUUAUGCUGCAUGAAUGGUGGUUGAAAGCUUGACUUGUCAAAAUGGUAAUAUUCCUCUUCGGGAGGAUCUGGAUAUGAAGGUAUUGGAUAACAAGGGAGUGCUACUUCGCAAGGCUGGGCAAUGUUACAGUACUGAGGGUGAAUUUUGAUGUUACUAUGUGGGUGCAUACUUGGAUGAACCAUGAAAUCAACUUGUGGCUGAACAGUGAAAUCCACUUCAGGACGAGAGUUCUGCAUGCUUUCCAACUUUUAAAAGCCUUUUGUCAAGAUUUGCGGAUUCCCGUUGCCUAACACGGUUACCCUGGGCUGCAAAGGGUCUAUAUCCAUCUUCAGAAAACCUAACAAUGUGAAUCACAACACUCAGCACCUAAAGAGCCAGAAGACAUGUUUAAGCUCGUAUGUUCUGGCGUUCAAGUGAGGGUACAAAGUGGAACAAAGAAAAAAUAAAGAGAAACUGAAGUAAGUAGAUGAGUUUAAAGAGAGAGGAUCAGCAACUUUAAGUCUACUUCCUUUGCUAUGUUCCUGAUCAGUAAGGGUCCAGGAGGGCCCCAAAGGGAGGCAGGAAAUGUAAAAUUAGGAAGCUUUCUGGGGUAGUCUACCUCUUGCAGUGGCCACCCUAUUUAUGCGCAGCAGAAAAACAGAGGAACAGUGCUGAACAUAAUGUGUACAUUUGCUUUUCAAUAUUAUAAAGUAUUUGCAUGCACCUUCUCUUAUUUUGUUCCAACGAAAAAUCAUUUUGGGACAGCUCUGACCAAAGCUUAACCUUCAGAUAUUCACAAGUUUUUCCCCCUCAACCUUUCCUUUGUGCAAUUCGCUACAUAUUGUUAGUUGUAACUUCAGAAGUACUUUAAGUUUACUGUUCAGCACUUGUAGCACUCAGCACUCGUAACAUUGUUUUUGCUGCAGAAGUAGAAAGUUGGUUUUACUAUGACCUUAAACAUUAAUAGGAAUGCUCUGCUUGUUUGUUA